AUGUUCGAUGGCAACAAGACAUAUGGGCAGUUGGGCUUCAAGGCGCGUGUGCAGACUCUGCCCGAACAUGAAGCUGUUGAUCGAAUUGUGCUUAUCUACCAGAGCAACAAACAUGAGAGAUUCUUCGGGUUUGGCGAGCAGUUUUCUUACUUCGAUUUAAAGGGCCGAAGGGUUCCAAUCCUCGUCAGGGAGCCAGGACCUGGGAGAGGGAUAAGCGUCACGAGCGACUCAUGGGCAGUCUCUUACAGCCCUGUCCCCCAUUACAUUACGUCUCAGUUGCGGUCCGUGUACCUCGAAAAUACCGAGUAUUCGGUGUUUGAUCUGCGAAACGACAGUGUUGUAGAAGUUGAAGUAUCUGCCUUGGUCUUGAGAGGGAAAUUGGUGUAUGGGAGCACGCCCCUCGAGCUGAUACGAAGUUUCACCACCUACGCAGGACGAAUGAGCCCCUUGCCGCCGUGGCUGGUCGGCGGGGCCGUUGUGGGCAUGGAAGGCGGCCGGGAAGAAGUACUGAACAUGUAUCGUCUCCUCACGGAAGAUUACGAUGUUCCGGUGACUGCGUUUUGGCUCCAAGACUGGGUCGGAGCUCGAAAAGUUCCAUGGGGGGUUGGCCUCGUGUGGGACUGGCAAUGGGACAACGUUCUAUACCCCAAAUUUCCUAAAAUGGUCGAGUGGCUACGAGAUCGCGAUGUGCGUGUCAUGACGUACGUCAACCCACAUCUCGUGCCUGCACACGGAUAUCCCGGCCACAGCAGGGACCUCUUCCAGGAGUCCAUGGACGAGGGUUACGUUGUGCGCAAGGGAGACGGUGGCAUCUUCUUGUCUUACCUAAACGCCACCAUGAUGGACUUGAGUGACCCUGAAGCAAGAGCUUGGUUGAAGAGGGUGAUAAUGGAUGAGGUGCUGUCCACGGGCGUCAGUGGCUGGAUGUGCGACUUUGGUGAAGCUCUUCCCCUUGAUGCGGAAAUUGGAAGCGGGUUGAAGGUGUCUGGCAAUGAGUUUCACAACGUGUAUCCAGAAGAAUGGGCGAAGGUCAACCUUGAAGCCAUUGAAGAAUGGGGCCUUGAAGAAGAUGUUGUGUUCUUUACUCGAUCGGGAUUCACUCGGAGCCCGAGAUACUCCAAGCUGUUUUGGCUGGGAGAUCAGCUGGUUACAUGGGAAGAGCACAAUGGAAUCAAAUCAGCUGUUGUUGGAAUGCUGUCCAGUGGGAUAUCCGGCCACUCCCUCACUCACGGCGACAUUGGCGGUUAUAUGUCCAUCAGAAGGCAUGGCGUGGAAAUUAGGAGGUCAAAGGAGCUGCUUCUCAGGUGGUUUGAAUUGGCCGCAUUUACUGCUGUGUUCCGCACACACGAGGGGUCUCGGCCCACAGGGAAUUGGCAGUUCUACUCUGACAACGGGACUCUAAUGCACUUUGCAAGGAACGCCAAG